AUGAAUCGACCGAAUGGAAAUGGUCUGGGUUCCAGACAGCUGACCCCGUUUGCCUCCGCCACUGCUUCUCCUCGUCUGAUGAACAAUUCGGCCCUUGAGCAUCUCAUUGCCUCUGACAGCCAGAAUGGCAUUGGGUCACCUUUAGCACAGGAUUCUUCGGCGGUUGCGAUAACGGCACUUCCGACCAGCACUGGCCGUGUCUUUCAUCCAGAGGCGUCUUUGGUUUUGAUAGGAAUUCGAGCAUCCGGGAAACGAUCUCUAGGCUUCAUCGCUGCUACUGCACUGAACAGGAGGUUCGUGACUGAGGAUCACUAUUUUCAGAGCAUCAAUGGCUUGUCCAGACAAGACUACCUGAAGACCCACGGCAGCGAGCAGUUCCACAAGCAAGACAUUGAAUCUUCCCGACAGAUGUUAGAAGACAACAGGUAUGGCUGUGUGAUCGAUUGUGGCCUGGGAAGUUUGACCAGCAGCCUACAAGAAUAUCUCAAGCAGUAUUGCGAGACAAAUCCGGUGGUCUUUGUCGUUAGAGACAUCUUGAGAGUCAAGUCCCUUCUGAAUUUGUCUGACCGAUCUGCCAAACUUCUUGAUCAUGGGAAUGCCACUCAUAGAAAAUGCUCAAAUUUCGAAUUCUUCAAUCUAGAGGACGAUUCGACAACAGGUUCCACUGACUCUGACAACGCUGAUCGGGCUUCACCAAAUUAUUCUUUCAGACUCAGAAAUGUCCAGGCAGACUUUUCUCGCUUCGUUCGAUUCGUCACUGGGAGCGUCGCUGCUCAGCCAGUCCUUCAGUCGCCCUUUUCACUCGAUGUUCCAAUUGAACACAGAUCUUAUACCCACUUACUCCGUGUGCGGCUCUCGGAUUUCGCUAACAAACAAGUUGAUUUCACCCAACUCGAAUCUGCUGGAGAUGUUGUCGGCAUCUAUGUCGAUCAGUGGCACUCGACCACCAUCAGAGCACUGGGUGAAAUCGUGGCUCAAGCACGCAGGACACUCCAGGUUCCAAUCUUGAUAUCGGUCAGUUUGGAGAUAUCUUCAUCCGCAAACGUCGAGACCUACCUGGGAGUUUUGACACAUGGCUUGAGACUGGGUGUUGAGUAUAUGAUUGUCGAUCUCAACCUUGAUGACGAGCAACUUGAGCGUAUCAAGGCAAUAAAAGGGCACACGAAGCUUAUCGGGAGUUAUGCCAACACAAUCCCAAACAAGGCAAGUUGGAAGGACACCAAAUGGAAAACCAUGUACCACAGAGCAACCAACCUUGGAUUUGAUCUUGUCCGGCUUUUGAACACUCCAGCCUCGCGAGCUGAUAACGAUGCUCUAACAUGGUUCAUGCAAGAAUUGAAAGACCUACCCAUCUACUCACGAGCCCCGAUAGCAUACAAUGCAGGCUUGAUGGGACGAACCUCCCAAAUAAUGAAUCCUAUCUUGACACUUGUGACCCACCCUUCACUGCCCACUAUUGAAACAAAACAUCCCAACGACUUCCAACCGCUUUUGAGCUCUCAACAGAUCAUCAAAGCAUUGUUCGAUAGCUUCACAUUCGAUCCCCUCAAAUUCUACAUUGUCGGAGGGAACGUUUCAGGCUCAUUAUCUCCCGCCAUGCAUAACUCUGCCUACAAACUACUCGGACUGCAGCACAACUACAGCACGAAGAACAUUACCUCCUGGGUAGACAUUGUCGAGCUUGCUUCUGACAAUUUUACGGGGGGCUUGAGUAUAGUCCAGCCAUAUAAAGUGAAGGUUGUCCCUCAACUUGAAGCACUUAGUGGCCAUGCGAAUGCCAUUGGCGCGGUCAAUACACUGGUCCCUAUUAGAUCCGAUUCCACGGGUACUGUUCAACCACUGGAUGUACAAGCCCAAAAUCGGAACCGUUCCGGACACAUUGUUGGCUGGUUCGGAGACAAUACAGACUUCAUCGGCAUUAUGAGUUGCAUUAACCGAAGCCUGGCCCCUCGCAAUGCCAUCCAGGCCAAGACAACAGGUCUCGUCAUUGGGGCAGGUGGCAUGGCUAGAGCAGCAGUGUACGCCAUGCUACAGAUGGGAUGCAGGAACAUCUUCGUCUACAACAGAACAGUCUCGAACACGAAGAAGGUUGUCUCACACUUCAAUGAUUUUGCCGGUCGAUAUCACACCGGAGCCACCCUUGCAUUGCCCGUCAAAGUCCUUGAAUCAAUGUCAGAUCCCUGGCCCUCGGGUUAUGCUCCACCAACCAUUGUGGUAUCUUGUGUUACCCAUGAGGUCCUUGAUGGUAAUCCUGGCGCAGACUUUACAAUGCCUGAGACGUGGCUAGAGUCGCCCACUGGAGGGGUGGUCAUUGAAAUGGCUUACAUGACCAAAGAGACUCCAUUGAUCAAACAAAUGACCAGUUUCCGUGCGGAAACUCAAAGACCUUGGGUUUUGGUCGAUGGGAUCGAAACCUUGAUUGAGCAAGCUCUCGCCCAAUUUGAAUCCAUGACAGGUAGGAAGGCACCCAAAAGCUGCAUGGCAACUGCUGUUUAUGAUGCAAUUCAUGCGAACAAAUCGUAUCUCGUGGAUGGCGAAGAGUUUUUCACAUGA